CAUCACCUGAUUCUGAGGCCAUGAACUCCUCCAGAGGAAUUGUUGGAUAUACCACUGAAGAGCUAACAGUUGGAUGGACUGACCCUAUCAACGCUAUUCCCAUCGCUGUUAUAGCAGUUUGCUUGUCUUUCUUCGGUUCUCCAAGAAACAAGACAGCAGCAUGGACUCUCUUCAAUAGCGCCAUUAUACACAGUUGGAUGGACGGGUUGGUAGGCUCUUUGGGACGUGGUCCUUUGUGGAUGGUGAAUGAGUACACAACAUUGGAUUCUCGAUUUUGGCCAACUCAGGAUUCAACCGUCAUGGCAAUGUCAAUGUUUGAACUUUUGGUGAUGGGACCACUUGCAUUUGCUUGGUACGGAGCUAUUCAACAGGAUCGUUGGUAUCAGCAUCCUCUUUGUCUUGUUGUCAGCUCAUUUCAUAUGAUGGGUGACUUCAUGUAUAUGUUCGCUGAAGCAUGGGAUGAAUUCAAGCAUUUGCCUGUGAAGUUUCCGCUUCAGUUUAAUUCAUAUUAUGAGUUCAAGUAUUUUUGGUUUGUUUUUAUUGGCCUCAAUCUUAUCUGGUUUAUUGUUCCACUUACACUCAUGUACAAGAGUCUUCAGGCAAUGAAACCAAAAGAAGAGUCUAGGAAGAAUAAGUGAACAAUGACUUUCUACUAUCUGAGUGCAAUAGGACAUCAUUAGUUGAUGUAUUUUUAGUUGCAGUGUAUUGUGUAUUGCAGAGUUGCGUUCUGUAUUUAUUUGUCUUGAUCUAGAAGUGGGUCUGCAAUGAAUAAGAUUAAUGAAUUAUAUGAAGUGGCAUGCAUUGGACAUGUUGAAUUGGCCUACCACACUAUU